CGUUCCUCCACCCGUUGCUCCGGGCUGAAGCCGCUCAGAGCUCCGCCCACACAGUUCAUCUGGGUUCAACCGCGAAGGCAACGCAACGGCAUCCAGCAACACACCGCGCCGGCCAAUUAAAAGACAAGCGCGCGAUCGUUCCAGGUAGACUACGCCUACUCCACCGUAGCAUUGUGCUAACUCCACCGUAGCAUCGUGCUAACUCCACCGUAGCAUCGUGCUAACUCCACCGUAGCAUCGUGCUAACUCCACCAUAGCAUCGUGCUAACUCCACUGUAGCAUCUUGCUAACUCCACCGUAGCAUCGUGCUAACUCCAUCGUAGCAUCGUGCUAACUCCACCGUCCCCGAGCCACAAGCUCCAGAUUGAAGUCGUCACAAAGGCCGGCUGCCGAGGCCGGCAUCGCACGCACGGCAACACAUCAACGCAGCAACGCAUCAACGCAUCAACGCAGCAACGCAUCAACGCAUCAACGCAGCAACGCGGGGACUCUGGCACGCCGGUGAAGCGUCAUGGCGGUGAGGAAGCACCGCCACACGGGGCCGAGGCUCGCCAGCCGAACCACCGGCACACUCCGAAUCCAACAACUUUGGUCCUCCCUGCCGCUGCAUGGCAGCCAGACAAACAUCACUAGAAUUCAGGCCAGUCUAUGUUUUUUCUCAGAGUAAAACAAAUACAUUGAUGUGUCUUCUGUUCAGAUAUGUUCAUUGCCUGUAACUUUGUCUUCCUGCUUCGCUGGGAGUCAACGCCAUGCUGGUGUCCGUGUUGCUGGGCCCACUGGAGGGAAGGGAGGCAUGAGAACCAGGAAGGGUCGGGCAGACUGUCAGACUCUGCUGCAGUCAACUGAACGGUCCUCUCAUGUGAAUCUGCUCCUCGGACACACUGCUGCUUUGUUUCCAACAAGGGAUGUGCUUUGAAGCACUGAAACUCUGAAACUCUUUUACUUUGACACCUUUUACCCAACAAGGGUGAAAAGUCCUUUAAGUGUGUCAUCUCACCCUAGGAUCAGAACUCAAGCUGUCUUCAGGAGAUCUAGACUGCAGUGUCUCGAGAUGUCUUCACACACCAGAAUGUUUUCCUUCCUGUUCUUCGCUUGGCUCUGCACCGGCUGCCUGGGUGUUCCCAUGCUUCACUACUCCUACUCUCCUGCUGUUGGAGGAGGUAGUGGCACGUCCUACUCUACAGGAGGAGAAGAAGGACGGAUUACCGGGAUCAGAGUCUAUGAGCAGAACAAUGCCUACAUCAAGGGGAUCCAGGUGCGCUAUGAUGCCAUUUGGGGUGAUUUAAUUGGUCUCGCAACAGGCACUGCACAAGAGCUGGAACUUAUUGAUGAUGAGACCAUUGUUCAGCUCUCUGGUAAAUACUACACCAACUAUGUCUAUCAGUUAAUGUUUGUUACCUCCACUGGACGCUCCCUGGUCGUCGGCCAGCCAUCAUAUAACUCCUUUAACUUCUACCCGACUCACCCGGAAGCAGAGCUCAAACUGCUGAGUGGCCGCUUCAAUAGUGCUGGGAUUACUUCAGUGGGAGCUCACUGGGCAACAUUCAGGCAUCAAAGCAACAGUACCAAUGUCCUCUGAACAGCAAUUAUGAAUCCAACACUGAGUCAUAUUCAUUAUGGGAGCGAUCAACCCAUCUUUCUAUGAGGAAAUUAUUUGGGCUAUAGUGUUACAUGUAUUAACAUAUGUGCACUGGGUAAUAUUAUAACGGUUUAUUAACAAAAACAUAAAAUUACUGGUGACUGUUGAACUCAGUUUGUGACUCUGAGAUUCAGUUAUGUGUGUGUUCGGGGCUUGGGAAAGACAGAUGUGGAGGGAGGUUGUUGUCUUUAAUACCGGACCCAGCCCAGGUUUAUUUGUGAAACUGUUGGUUACAAAUAAAUCUACGUGAAUUGAACUCUGAUCCAAACUCUCUGAGGUCCAGAGGGUGAGUCUCCUGUGGCGUCUCACCAGCAGUCAGAUAGGAGAGAGAAAUAAGUUUAUAAGCAUCAGGUUAAGAGAUUAGUUAGAAUGGACCAAAAAGGAAGAAAUCCAGCCACAACAACACACAAGAUCUACUACAUGUGUGCUCUAUGGAUGAUUAUAUGUGUCAGGGGGAGGAGCUUUAAUUAAAAGCACUUUGCAGCAUUGAAGGAAACAAAGCAUAUAUUGAGUUAUAUUGUUUUGAAUACCAAAUGUAUAUUGAGAAAUUCUAACAGUACAAGAUAUUGUACAAAUUACUGGGACUACUGGGACCUAUCAUACAAAACGUGGUGUUUGGUUUCAUGUCAUGACAAAAAUAAAAUGACGAAAAUGAUUAAAUGGCUGAAUCUGGUCAUCUGUACCACAAAGUAUAUAGUCAAUGUCUUAUUCUUAAUAACUUUUCUAUUUCUGUGUGUUUUAAUGGUUGGAGUAGUGUGUUGUCCAAGCUAUAAUAAAUUAAGUUGUGCACAACA